ACACAUGACCCAGAAUUCCACCUCAUGGCUCUCUCAGAGGAUCCCGACCUGCAGCCCGUCCUCUUCGGGCUGUUCCUGUCCGUGUACUUGGUCACAGUGCUUGGAAACCUGCUCAUCAUUCUGAUCAUCCGCUCUGACGCGCGCCUCCACACCCCCAUGUACUUCUUCCUCUCCAACCUGUCCUUCUCUGACAUCUGCUUCAUCUCCACCACGGUCCCAAAGAUGAUUGUGGCAAUCCAGUCUCAGAGCACAGUCAUCUCCUAUGUGGGCUGCCUGACUCAGAUGUCUGUGUUUCUUAUUUUUAUAUGUAUGGAUGAUAUGCUUCUGACAGUGAUGGCCUAUGACAGGUUUGUGGCCAUCUGCCACCCCCUUCAAUACCAAGGUAUCAUGAGCCCUCAUCUCUGUGUAUUCUUAGUUUUUGUGUCUUUUAUGUUUAGUCUCUUCAUGUCCCAGCUGCACAAUGUGUUUGCCUUACAUUUUGCCUACUUUAAGGGUGUGGAAAUUGCUAAUUUCUUCUGUGAACCUACUCAGCUUCUUAAUCUUGCCUGUUCUGAUACCAUAACUAAAAAUCUAGUCAUGUAUUUCGUUGCUGUCUUCUAUGGUUUUCUUCCCCUCUUAGGAAUCUUUUUAUCUUACUGUAAAAUUGUUUCUUCCAUUCUGAGACUCCCAUCAUCAGGUGGAAAAUAUAAAGCCUUCUCCACCUGCGGGUCUCACCUCUCAGUAGUUUGCUUAUUUUAUGGAUCAGCCAUUGGGGUUUACCUUGCACCUGCUGUGUCACAUUCUCCUAGAAAUAGUGCAGUGGCCUCGCUGAUGUACACCGUUUUCACCCCUAUGCUCAACCCUUUCAUCUACAGCCUGAGGAACAAGGACAUUAAAAGUGCCCUUGAGACAAUAGGUUACAUUCUGAUGCCAUGUGGGAGAUUAUUCAUACAGAAAACUCCAUUCAAUGAGGAUAUCUUGGGCAAAAUGUUGAAAAUUUCCAAAUAUCAUAAUUCCCUACUUAUUUUUGUCAACUUCAGUAAAGACAAGGUAAAAAUAUAUUUUGUUAAAGGCUUAACAAGAAGUAUGGACAUCAUGCUCCUGACCGUGGUGGCCUAUGAUCAGUUUGUGACCAUCUGUCACCCAUUAAUUACUCACCCAUCACAAGCCUUUGCCUUUGGAACAUCUUAG